AUGAAUAACCUAUACAACACACUCUCUCUUCUAUUGUUUCUCUCAUCGUUCUCCUUCGCAUAUGGCUUCGGAUCCAUGGGGCCUAUCUCCGCCGUAUUCGGCCAAAACGACUUCUUUUGCGCCAUUGAUGCAAGUGGAAAGCAAGAAGUUAUUUGUUGGGGGAAGAACACCAGUUCAUCUUCUUCUACUUCUUCGGUGUUCGCUAUUGAUGUUCCACCCAUGGCAGCUCUUAGUGGAGGUGCUGGAUUUAUGUGUGGCAUUUUAGUGAACACCUCGUAUGCGUAUUGCUGGGAUUCCAUGGGUUCGAGUUCUGAUCUUGUUCCUCAGGUAUAUCAAUCGAGUUCAUACUCACACAUUUCUUCAGGUAGAGAUCAUGUGUGUGCUAUAAGAGGAUCUUAUUAUUCCGACAGUGAUUCGGGUUCUAUUGAUUGUUGGGACAUCGUUGAAACAUCGAACAAUCGUUUCAGCUCAAAACAGAGUGCUCUGUAUUACAAUCAGGAGAUCAGCUCGCUUUCUUUCAAAAAGAUUGUCUCUGGUGAAGGGUUUACUUGUGGUAGUCUUGAAGAUGGCGGAAUCAAAUGUUGGGGCCCAACUUCAUCAAAUUUAAUCGUUCCCGAUGUACAAGACAAGUUUCUCACUUUAGCAUCUGGAAAAAGCUCGCUUUGUGGGGUUGUGGAAUCAUCGGGUGAAAUCAAAUGUUGGGGAGAUUCAAGUUUCUCCAAUUCUUCCAUUCUUGAUCCACCUAUUGGAACUUCAUUUGUUUCAUUAGCAAUCGGUGCUCAACAUUUUUGUGGAAUCAGAGAAGAUAAUCACGCGAUUGAGUGUUGGGGGAAAGUAAACUCCUCAUCAAUCCCAAAAGAUUCCGGUUUUUUAUCGAUCGCUUCAUCUGAUUCAAUCAUGUGUGGGAUUCGAGAAGAUGAUCUCGUUCUCGAUUGUUGGUUCGCAAACGCGUCUUCUCCAUCUAACAUCGAUCCUCCAUUACAGUUAUGCAGUCCAGGUUUAUGCACUCCUGGAUCUUGUGGCCCAGGGAACUUCGCUUUCAAUGCGAGUCUUCUUCAUGAACCAGAUUUAACGAGCUUAUGUGUUCGAAAAGAUUUAAACAUCUGUUCUCCAUGUGGAUUCAACUGCUCAAAUGGCUUCUUCCCUUCGAGUUCAUGUACUCAAAACGCCGAUAGAGUCUGCACUUCAUGCUCCCUUUGUCAAAACAGUUCCUGUUGGGAAAUCUGCAACCUGAAGCCUCACCAACAUCAAGAUCACCGGUUACAUCAAUUACGCAAAUUGAUAAUCAUAAUCGGUUCAUCCAUUUUCGGAUCUUUAUUAAUUUCAAUCCUCUUAUGUAUACUCCUUCGUUUCCUCCCUCAAAAGGGUAAACAAAAGAAACAAUUUUCCGGCGAGAAAGAAUCCGACGCACCGGAUAUCACACCAUCGUCGGUCUCCGUCGCACCAUGUCCAGGUCUCGCUCAAGUUUUCCGACUUUCAGAACUCAAAGACGCCACAAACGGAUUCAAAGAGUUUAACGAGUUAGGCAGAGGCAGCUACGGGUUCGUUUACAGAGCUGUGUUACCCGACGGCCGUCAAGUGGCGGUGAAACGAGCAAACGCCGCCACGAUCAUCCACACAAACAGUCGAGAAUUCGAAAUGGAGCUCGAGAUUCUUUGCAGCGUUCGACACAGCAAUGUCGUAAACUUAUUAGGGUAUUGUUCAGAAAUGGGAGAACGAUUACUGGUUUACGAACUCAUGUCACAUGGUACGCUUCACGACCAUCUUCACGGCGGUUUCUCACCGUUGAACUGGCCGCUCCGGUUAAGAAUCGCGAUGCAAGCUGCAAAAGGUCUCGAAUUUCUCCACACUGAAAUCAACCCUCCGAUAGCUCAUCGCGACGUGAAAAGUUCCAACAUUCUCCUAGAUUCCGAUUGGGGUGCUCGAAUCUCCGACUUCGGUCUCCUCAGAAACGACGGCGACGUGAUUCUUGACAUGAGAGACGACGUUUACAACUUCGGAAUCGUGUUGCUUGAGAUUCUCAGUGGCCGGAAAGCUAACGAUCGAGACUGUUCACCUUCAAACAUCGUCGAAUGGGCUGUGCCAUUGAUCAAACAGGGGAAAGCAGCUGCGAUCAUCGACAGGUGUGUCGGGUUGCCACGAGUCGUCGUGCCAUUGUUGAAGCUUGCAGAAAUUGCAGAAGUUGCUGUGAGGGAGAAUCCAUGUGAGAGACCAUCAAUGGCGGAAGUCGCAACGUUCUUGGAGCAAAUUAUUCUUGGUGAGUUUUACUUUCUUGCUGCUCUUUCUGCAACUGUAUAUUUGUUCUGA